CGAAGUAUUUUGCUUCUGUUGUUUGACGACUUAUACAUGAUCUCAGCACAGCUUUGAAGGAGAUACCUGGGCUCAACUAGCUUCACCUUAAAGAAGAUGGCCGAACUUUCCUCCAACUGGAAGAAGCUUCAGGCAAAAAUCAAGGCUGAAUCCACAUCCAAGGCUGAAUCCUCAACCAAGCCAUCUCUGAAGCGCAAGUCCGCGGCUCCACCAGCCAACCCUCCAUCCAAGAAGGCCAGAAAAGUUGGCGAAACUGCGGCAAAGCAGCCAGUCUCGGCGAAGCGGCCACAGGCAACCACCAAGAAGCAAAUGGGCGGAGUUCACAGCACCAAAGUGGAAGAUGGACCAAGUACUGUCCCUUCGACAUCUCUCGCCUUGUGGGCGGAGGACAAUGAUGUCUCCGCGGAGGCUCUGGCCGAGGCUUACGGCCUGGGAACGAAGAAUAACUCAAUGAUGAGUGCAUCAGAAAAAGACAAGAUCAACAGCGGACUCAUACAAGGCAUCGAGAUUGGUAAGUACAUCGCCAUCGACUGCGAAAUGGUGGGUGUUGGACCUGGUGGCCAUGAGUCUGCUCUUGCUCGCGUCAGCGUCGUCGACUUUCAUGGGCGACAGGUCUACGAUUCAUAUGUGAAGCCGAAGGAGAGAGUCACAAAUUGGCGGACCGCUGUGAGCGGAAUCAGUCAGAAGAGCAUGAGAUUUGCCAGAGAUUUCGAAGUGGUUCAAAAAGACGUGGACAAGCUUCUCCAAGGCCGAAUCUUGAUCGGGCACGACAUUAAGCACGACCUCGAAGCCCUGAUCCUAAGCCACCCGGCAAGGGAAAUUCGCGACACCGCAAAGUAUCCCCCUUUCAGAAAGUAUGGGAAUGGAAGGAAACCGGCCUUGAGAUUGCUUGCACAACAGAUCCUCUCGGUGGAGAUUCAGGAUGGGGCGCAUUCAAGCAUUGAAGACGCUCGGGUAACAAUGCUGCUCUUCAGGAAGCAUAAACCUGGGUUCGAUGUUGACCACGCGAACCGUUAUGCACCUACGGCACCGGUAGGAGGGACGAAGGGAAGCAAGUCUAAGAAGAAACGCAAAGCAUGA